AUGGAAAACUUACUGAUGUUGUUGUACGACGGGAACGACCACAUUUACCAAGCUGAUACCUUUUCCGCGGACGUUUUACGCCUUUACACCCUAGAUGCUGACCACUUGAGGUAUUCAAUCCCAGCAGAAGAGCUUGACGAACGGGGGACGAUAGAAGAGGGUCUUCCGGCCGAAAUCUGCUUGGAGGAGAUCCUGAGGCAUUUGAAAAGGGAUCAGGAUACAGCUCUGUCUGUGUCUUCAUAA